UUCUUCAAAAAAUGGAUGGGAUGUCUUCAGAAGCUAAUGAAGAAAAUGACAAUAUGGAAAGACCUCUUAGAAGAAGACAUUCCUCAAUUUUGAAACCCCCAAGGAGUCCUCUUCAGGAUCUCAGAGGUGGGAAUGAAACAGUUCCGGACUCUAAUGCUUUGAGAAAUAAGAAAAGCUCCCGUCGAGUCAGCUUUGCAGAUACUAUAAAAGUAUUCCAGACAGAGUCUCAUAUGAAAAUAGUAAAGUCAGAAAUUACAGAAACAGAUGCAGGAGAAAAUGUUCUAUUUAUACAGAACAAGAAUCCAGAAGAUAACUACUGUGAGAUUACUGGAAUGAACACAUUGCUUUGUGCUCCCAUUCAGUCUCAGAUGCAACAGAGAGAGAUUUCAGUUGCAGAACACAGCCAUGAAAAGAAACAUGCACAUGACCAGACAGUCGUCUUUUCAGAUGAAAACCAGAUGGAUCUAACAACAAGUCACACUGUGAUGAUUACCAAAGGCCUUUUAGAUUGUACCAAAAGUGAAAAAUCCACUAAGAUAGAUACCACAUCAUUUCUGGCUAACUUAAAGCUCCAUACUAAGGAUUUAGGAGUGAAAAAGGAAUUAAAUUUUUCCAUGGAUCAAAGCACUUCUUCAGAAAAGAAAAUAAAUUUUAAUGACUUCAUAAAAAGAUUGAAAACAGGAAAAUCUAAUGCUUUAACAGGACCGGAUAAAGAAAAUUUUGAGAUAUCUGUUCAUCCCAAAGAAUCACAUAGGGCCUCUUCUGUACAUCAAAUGCAUGUAUCUCUUAGGGUAGAUGAAAAUAGCAAUAAUAUGACUAGAAUCUUUAGAGAACAAGAUGAUGAGAUGAAUUUCACCCAGUGUCAUACUGCCAAUAUUCAGACUUUGGUUCCCACAUCCAGUGAGACCAGCUUAAGGGAAUUUAAAGGUGAUGAUAUUACAAUUUAUGGCAAUGACUUUAUGGACUUGACAGUUAAUCACACUAUCCAGAAUUUGCCCUCAGCAGAUAAUUUAUCUAAUACAGAAAAUCAAACUCAGAAUGUCAUGAUGGAUAUUCCAACAGCUUAUGGAACUAAAGCUCCAGGAAAGAAGACAUUCUUAAAGAAUAAACUGAGUGCUGCUUUUCAAGACCCUUCUUUCAACCCUAAGGGUGAAAUACAUACUAUCAGAAGUCCUAUUACAGAGACAGAAACUCACAUAGUCACACAGACUUCUAACCAAGAUGCCAGAACAUUGGCCAUGAUCCCAGAAUCUCUGUGUGUGAGCCCAGCUACUCAAGAUCAUAAAACAUUUUUCUGUUCUAGCAGUAAUGAUGCUAUGGAACUAACCAAGUGUCUCUCAGGUAUGAGAGAAGAGAAAAAUUUACUGAAGAAUGAGAGUAAUUAUUCUAAAAUAUAUCCCAAUCCAGAUACCAUGUCUGUUGUCACAGAGAAAACUGUUUAUUUAGGAGAGGAUAGCAUGGACAUUACCAGGAGUCAUACAGUUGCAAUAGAUAAUCAGAUUUUUAAACAAGAUCAGACAAACAUACAGAGAGCAGACACACGAGUAUCUGAAAAAGAAAUGAUGCUCCAAAAUCUCAAAACCAUGUCAGAGGAUGAGGAAAUAAAUAUAAAUUGUAGCUCAGUUCCUCAUGAAUUUAAGGGAAGAUUACAGCAGAGCCUGGCAAAUUCUUCAUCCUUUUCAUUGACUGACAAAAAGACUGAAAUAUUCACAGAUGAAGAUAUGGAUUUGACUAGAAGCCACACAACUAACCUAGGAAGUCAAGUUCCUCUUGCAUCUUACUAUCUAACAUCUGAGAAUACCAGUAAAUUUCACUCUCAAAGCAAAAGCUCUUCAAAUGAAUGGGAAGAAAUGACCAAAAGUCAUAUGGAACCAUCCCAACAGCCAGACAAAAUAUCUAAAAACACCCCAACUGACACCUGGGGCAAAGACAAAGAUCAAGUUUUCAAGAUUGCACCCUAUCUUGACAAAGAUUCUCCUCACUCAGCUGAUGCUAAUCAAGACAUAGCAACAAGCCGUAAUAUGGUAUACUCUGGUGGAAAUCUUGAGAAACAAGCAACACUGGGAAAUAGUGGAAAUACAGUUUUAUGUCAGCAACCUUUAUUUCCUACCACAGAGUCAUUUUCUGUAUUAGAAGGACAGUCUACCAUGAAAAAUCAUAAUAUUGCUGUUAACAGUUACACAGUGAAAUCUGCACCAGGCCAGAAUUCUAAACUGCCUGAGCCACUAAGGAAAAGUUUAGGCAAUCCCACACUUGACUGUUCUCAUGACAAGACAAUUACUUGUUCAGAGGAAGAACAAAAUAUGGAUCUAACCAAGAGUCAUACUGUUGUCAUUGGAUUUGGUCCUUCUGAGGUACAAGAAUUGGGUAAGACUGAUUUAGAAAAUACUAACAGCCAGCUGACAACAGUAAACAAACAGAUAGCUGUAAAAGUCGAAAAAUGUAGUAAAACUCCUGCAGGGAAAAUUGGAGUAUUUGUUUCUAAUGAUAACAUAGAUGUGUUGGAGGACAAAAGUAUACAGAAACUUGGAUUUCUGAAUGAAAAGCAAGAUGUCAAAAUUUGUGGAAGGAAAAGUGUUGGCAGACUAAAAGUUGAUAAGACUAUUGUAUUUUCAGAGGGUGAUGAGAAUGAUAUGGAUAUCACCAAGAGUUUUACAGUGGAAAUAAAUCAUAAACCUUUAUUAAAUGAACAAGAUUUUCAUUUGGUGCCUUUGGCAGGAACUUCUAAAACUGUUUUGUAUACGUGUGGGCAAGAUGACAUGGAGGUCACUAGAAGUCACACAACUGCUAUAGAAUGUAAAACUGUCUCACUGGACGAAAUCACUAGGCCUGUUGACAAAACCGUAAUGUUUGUAGAUAAUUACAAUGAACUGGAAAUAACAAAGUCCCACACUGUUUUCAUUGACUACCAAGCAAAGGAUAGGACUGUGCUUACAGACAGACCUGACUUUGAACUAUGCAAAAGAAAAAGCCCAGAAAAGCCAAGAGUGACAUUUCCUUCUGCAGAGGACAGUGUUUUCUUUCCAGAGAAUGGUGAAAGUGACCAUUCAGCAGCAAAAGUCAACAAGCUAACACCACUGACAGAAUGGCCUAACAUUGGUCCUAUAGAGAAAGCUGUAGGAUUUAUAGCUGGUGAUAACAUGGAAGUGCCUAAAUCAACCAUUUGGAAAAAUGACAAAGAUGUACCAAAGCCUGAACUUCUGAAUGAUACUAUAUCACGCAAAAGUCAGAGAAGGAAAAGCCUUAGUCUCAAAAAUGACAAAACUGCAUUUUCAAAAAUGAUAAAUGGUAUGGAUAUCACCCAGAGUUGUACAGUGAAAAUAAGUAACAAAAGUGUCCUGGAAGAUAGAGAGGAUUCCCGUUUGGUGCCUUUGGCAGGAACUUCUAAAACUGUUUUGUAUACAUGUGGGCAGGAUGACAUGGAGAUGACUAGAAGUCACACAACUGCCUUAGAAUGUGAAACUGUCUCACCAGAUAAAAUAACUACUAGGCCUAUGGACAAAACUGUAAUGUUUGUAGAUAAUCACUGUGAUCUGGAAGUUACCAAAUCCCAUACUGUUUUCAUUGAUUGUCAAGCCACAGAGGAAAUUCUUCAAGAGUGCCCUAAAUUUGGAAUAGCUAAAGGAAAAACCUUGGGUGUUUCUUUUCAUAAUGAUGGUCACUCUAUUCAAGAACUCACUGAAAAACAAGCACUGGCUGUAGAAAACAAAAUUGUUUACUCUGAGCAAAAGCAUCAUGUGAUACCCUCUGUUACUAUUAAUACAUUGUCUGGGGGUCAAAGUCAGUUAGAAAUGAUCAAAUUCAAUAGGACUGUGGAUGAGCAGGUCAGGGGGAAAGUUGAAGACCAGGCCUAUACAUUGGAAAAAGCCAAAACUGAAAGCUGUCAGUUAAAUAGUACAGAUAGAAGAAACAUGGAUUUUACAAACAGUCAUGCAACUGCUAUGUGUGGAUCCAGUGAUAAUUAUUCCUGUUUACCAAAUGCUAUUUCCUAUUUUGACAAUUUGGAGGGGAAUGUCAUGUCCUCAGAUGAUAAAGAUGAGAAAGCCAGUAAUUGCCCAAUGCAAAACGAUCUUGUUUAUGCAAACAAUUUAGCCAAUGAAUAUUACUUGAAAUCUGAGGGACUGCCUCUCUCUGCUUCUUGUUCUUUGUUAGAGGAAGAAGUUACUCAAACCAUUACCAAAGGACACUUAGACUGUGCUAUAACAGUGCUCAAAGAUCAAGAUCUGAUUAAGGAGCCCCAAAAUGUGAUAGCUAAUCAAACUUUAAUAUAUAGUCAAGAUCUGGGGGAGGUAACUAAACCUAAUUCAAAGCGAGUAUCUUUUAAGCUCCCAAAGGAUCAAAUGGAGGGCUUUGUUGAUAAGGCAGAACAUAAUUUAAAGAUGACCUUUGUUGAUGAUGUCUGUGUGGCUUCUAAGCCUCAUCUCUCAACCCAGCUACCUCCAUUAUCUCAACAAGGACAAAUAAUUGUGAAUAAAGAUGCAGUAUUGUCUAACACUGGAAAUAAGGAUUUAAAUAUUGUUAUGGGAAAUUCUUCUGUACCCACAUGUGCAAAUGAGUCCAAAAUGCUCAAUAAUGCCCAACAGUAUACUAUAGCCUGUAAAAAAGAGCUGAGGAAAAAUAUUCAGGCAAGCAAAUACAAUACAGAUUUCCACAGUAACUCUGACUUGACUAAGCAAGUUAUUCACACUCAUUCUAAUUCUAGAGAAGCAUCAUCUCCUGAAAUUGCAUCUAAUACUGCAAGUUUUAGUAGUGUCAAAUCAGAUCUGAAUAUGAAUGGAAAAACUGAAGAAUUUUUAGAUUUCCAAACUGCUCAUAUACACCUUCUCCAGAACAAUUACUUCAUUGGUAAUAAGGCACACAAUCAUAUGAGUAUAGAGCAAGCUACAGAAAUACAUAAUAUUAACACAGUGUCCAGCAAUGUUGAAGAUGAUAGAGAUAAAGAAAAUAAAAUUUCUCAUAUGGAACUGACAACUGUCUUACCACUCACAGUUGUAAAAGAUAAAGUAAGGAGCGUUCUUUGGGAAUAUUUUGCCCAGAUGCCAAAUAAGAGAAACUGUAGUGUCACUGAUGAUGACCUGAAGCAGAUUCAAGGAGAUACAGCUGAUUUAAGUCACUUAGAAACUCAACCAGUCUUCAGUAAGGAAUCAAGCAGAGUUGUUGCAACUAAGCUGAACUUAAGUCCAUCUCAAUAUAUAAAUGAGGAAAACCUUCCUAUAUACCCUGGUGAGAUUAAUUCCUCAGACUCUAUUAUCGUAGAAACUGAGGAAAAGGCUUGAUUGAGAUAUCAAAAAGAGAUUUCACCAUCUGAAAAUAAAAUAAGAGAAACCAGUAAUAGCCAAAAAAGAACCUGGACACAAGAAGAAGAUGAUAUUCAGAAUGACAAAAUCAGAAAAAGUGAGAUUAGGUUUAGUGAUACUCCACAAGAUCAGGAGAUUUUUGAUCACCAUGCUGAAGGGGAUAUAGAUAAAAAUGCUAACACUGUAUUAAUAAAGAGCCUAAGCAGGACACCAUGUAGUUGCAGCAGUUCUCUGGAUUCGAUCAAGGCCGAUGGGACUUCUCUGGACUUCAGCACACACCACAAUAGUCAAAUGGAAUCACAGUUCCUCAGAGACACUAUUUGUGAAGAGAGCUUGAAGGAGAAACUCAAAGAUGGGAAAAUUACAAUAAAGGAGUUCUUUAUACUUCUUCAGGUCCACAUUUUGAUACAGAAACCCCGACAGAGCAAUCUCCCAACCAGAUUUACUGUAAACACACCACCUACUCCAGAAGACGUGAUGUUAAGUCAAUAUGUUUACCGACCCAAGAUACAGAUUUAUAGAGAAGAUUGUGAGGCUCUUCGCCAAAAGAUUGAAGAAUUAAAGCUAUCUGCACUGAACCAGGAUAAACUGUUGACUGAUGUAAAUAGGAACCUGUGGGAAAAAAUGAGACACUGCUCUGAUGAGGAGCUGAAGGCCUUUGAUUACCUGAACAAAAUAAAGUCACGUUUUACCAAGAUGACUAAAGUCUUCACUCACCAAGGAAAAGUGGCUCUCUACAGCAAGCUGGUACAGUCAGCUCAGAAUGAGAGGGAGAGACUUCAGACAAGGAUAGAUGAAAUGAACAACAUACUUAAGAAGAUUGAGAACUGUCUCACUGAGGUGGAAAUAGAAACUAAGAAUUUGGAGGAUGAAGAGAAAGACAAUCCUAUGGAAGAAUGGAAUUCAGAAAUGAGAGCUGCAGAGAAAGAACUGGAACAGUUGAAAACUGAAGAAGAAGAGCUCCAAAGAAAUCUCUUAGAACUGGAAGUACAGAAAGAGCAGACCCUUGCUCAAAUAGACUUCGUGCAAAAACAAACAAAUAGAACUGAAGAGCUACUGGAUCAGUUGAGCGUGUCUGAGUGGGAAGUCAUCGAGUGGAGUGAUGAUCAAGCUGUGUUCACCUUUCUUUAUGACACAAUAGAACUUACCAUCACCUUUGGAGAGCCAGCAGUUGGUCUCCCUUUCCUGGACAAGGCUUUCAGGAAGAUUGUUGACCUGAAUUUUCAGUCUCUGUUAGAUGAGGAUAAAGCUCCUCCUUCCUCCCUUUUAGUUCAUAAGCUUAUCUUCCAGUACAUUGAGGAACAAGAAUCCUGGAAGAAGAAAUGUAAAACGCAGCAUGAGGUUCCCAAGAUGCUUCAAGAAAUUUCACUUGUAGUGAGCCAUUGUAGACUCCUUGGAGAAGAAAUUGAGUUUUUAAAGAGAUGGGGACCAAAUUAUAACCUAAUGAACAUAGAUGUGACUAAUACCGAAUUGAGGCUUUUAUUCUCCAGCUCUGCAGCAUUUGUAAAGUUUGAGAUAACUUUACCUCUCUCAGUUCAUUUUCCAACUGUCCGCUUACCUUUUUCCAUUCAAAAUCACCUUGGAAACAUUGGCCAAGAUGAAAUCACUGCAAUUCUAUCUAAAGUGCCACUGGAGGACAACUACCUAAAGAAUGUAGUCAAGCAAAUUUACCAAGAUCUACUUCAGGACUGCCAUUUCUACCACUAGACCUAUGGACUACAGCUAUAAUAACCAAGCAUAGCGCACAUCAUAAUGAUAUUACGUCGGAGUAUCCAUUGCUAUUUAAUCUUUGUCUUUAGGUCAUAGAAAGAAGCCUCAUAAAAUUCCUCCUGAUGAUGUUAUAGUUAAUUUGUAUGGCUAGUUUUUAAAUCUCUACAGUCAGGAAUGAUGAAAGUCCUCAAAUAGCCUUUUAUCAACUUGCUCAUCUUUUUAUGAAAGGUUCAAAUAGUAGAACACUUAGGGAAAAUUUCUUCUAAUUAAAGUUGUGCUCUUUGCUUUAGUACAAGCCCUACAGAGUAACUUUAAGUGGAGCUGUCACCGCUGACAAAAACAUUAGCCAUUUCCUCAUAUGUACAGCUCUAAUUUUUUGGUUGCCGGCCUUCUGUCUAGUAGGUAUUUUUCUGGGAUAGAGAUUUAUCUGUCUACACACUACUCAUCCUCCUUUUUCUUCAUUUUAAAAAUUUUAUUAAGAAAAAGCAAUAGCACUCAGCCAUUCAAAUGGUUGCCAUCUUUUCUAGAGGGCCUUGCCUUUUAUUAUGUAAUAUGUGUUAAUAUUUUCUCAGUAUAAUUUUAUAGAGAAAGUUAAUUCAUUUUGGGCUAGUACAUAUAUGUAAAUAUAUUGAUUUUUUUUGUUUUUGUGACGUAGUAAGGAGAUAUAUAUAUAUACAUAUGGAAAUACAUAGUCGUGUAUAGAGAGAUACUCUUCUGCCUCGGCAAUUUCCAUCUUUCUGAAGGAUGCUUUACAGCAAGAUUCUCAGUCUCUUUCUAUCAAAUAAUUGUACUUCAAACAAUAUCAAAUUUAAAACCACCAGUUCUGUCAAGUUCUGGCAGUAGUAAUUAAUUUAAUGUGAGAAUUGGUUUCUGAAGCCACACCCUUCUCAUAAACAAAAAUAAGCCAUAUCCAUUGAUAUUGAAUGACCAGUAUUAUCUGUGAGAUAAAUAUGAGAAAAUUUUUACCCAAACUUUAAUUGAAUCCUAAUCAUGAUAAUUUUUUCAUUUCUUUUAUAUUUAAUUAUAAACUAAAGUAUAUUUGCAUUUCAAACUAAUUCAUAUUAAAAUUUUGCUUUAUACUUUACGAUCAGGUUAAAGUCCUCUGGGUCCCAUGAAUGUUAUCUUCGCUCUUAAAUUGGCUUUUACUUCUGAGCUAUUGGUCAGAAAGAUCACAUGGUCUUUUAAACCUCAAAUUCAACAUAAAAUUUAUUUUCCAUAAAAAUCAAGAUGUAAAUAUUCUUGAAAAACUUUUAAAGUCACCAAUGUGGCCUGUUUUCCAUGAAACUUAAAUUAGUUUUCUUACUGGAGUUGUUUUAUUUAUUUUCUGUAAACCUAAAAAAUAGAAAUUUUCUUUUAUUCAUUUUGGUAAACUGGAAUGACCAGCUUCAAGAAUGAUUUGGCUUGUAAUUAUGGACUCUGCUUUCUUGGGUUUAGAUACAAAAUUGUAAUAUAUACCUAGUUAUUUGCAUUUGUAUUUGUUCAAAGGAUUGGCUAUUUUUAUAAAAAUUUUUUGGAAAUUGUUCCUUCACUAAUUAGAAGCAGACUGGUUUUUGCACUAUUAAAAUAAGUUUAUUAUAUGAAA